CGAGGCCAGAUCUACGAUUAAGUAAAAUAAAAACCCUCCCAUCUCUCGCGCUCUCUAUCUCUCUCUCUCUCUCUCUCUCUCUCACAUGUCUACGAGCCUGUAAAUUGGUCUCCCUCUCUCUCUCUCUCUCUCUCUCUCUCUCUCUCUCUCUAGAUACGCCUGCGUCCCUUGCUCCCCUCGUGGCGAUUUCACAUGUGGUAGUCUACCCAAUCCGAUCCACCGUUUCGCUUCACAGAUCUGAGAGUUCGCGAAAAUGUUGACGAAAUUCGAGACGAAGAGUAAUAGAGUGAAGGGACUGAGUUUCCACAGUAAGAGGCCGUGGAUCCUCGCGAGCCUUCACAGCGGCGUGAUCCAGCUAUGGGAUUACCGGAUGGGGACUCUCAUCGACAGAUUCGACGAGCACGAUGGUCCCGUCCGUGGCGUUCACUUCCACAAAUCUCAGCCGCUUUUUGUGUCUGGAGGAGAUGAUUACAAGAUUAAGGUUUGGAACUACAAGUUGCAUAGAUGUCUCUUUACUCUUCUUGGACACCUUGAUUACAUUCGUACAGUGCAGUUUCACCAUGAGUAUCCGUGGAUUGUUAGUUCAAGUGAUGAUCAGACUAUCAGAGUCUGGAAUUGGCAAUCUCGUACUUGUAUAUCUGUUUUGACCGGUCACAACCACUACGUAAUGUGUGCUACAUUCCAUCCUAGGGAAGACCUUAUUGUGUCAGCCUCGCUUGAUCAGACUGUCCGCGUCUGGGAUAUUGGUUCACUGAAGAAGAAGACUGCAUCCCCUGCUGAUGACAUUCUGCGGUUGAGUCAGAUGAAUGCUGAUCUUUUUGGUGGGGUAGAUGCUGUUGUUAAAUAUGUCUUGGAAGGUCACGACCGGGGAGUCAACUGGGCUGCGUUUCACCCGACUUUGCCCUUGAUUGUGUCCGGAGCAGAUGAUCGUCAAGUGAAGCUGUGGCGUAUGAAUGAGACAAAGGCUUGGGAAGUGGACACACUGAGGGGUCACAUGAAUAAUGUGUCAUGUGUCAUGUUUCAUGCCAAACAGGACAUAAUUGUUUCGAACUCAGAAGACAAGAGCAUUCGUGUUUGGGAUGCAACAAAGCGAACAGGUGUUCAAACUUUCCGCCGGGAGCAUGAUCGAUUUUGGAUUCUUGCAGCUCACCCUGAGAUGAAUCUCCUUGCUGCCGGUCACGAUAGUGGUAUGAUCGUGUUUAAGUUAGAAAGAGAAAGGCCUGCGUUCUCCGUAAGUGGCGAUUCCAUGUUCUAUGCCAAAGACCGCUUUUUGCGGUUUUACGAGUUCCCAACGCAGAAGGAUACCCAAGUGAUCCCAAUUCGACGCCCUGGUUCUAUGAGCCUAAAUCAAGGUCCUCGCACUCUUUCAUAUAGUCCUACGGAAGGUGCUGUUCUUAUCUGCUCUGAUGUUGAUGGUGGCUCUUAUGAGCUUUAUGUUGUGCCUAAAGACAGUAUUAGCAGGGGUGAAAUAGUGCAAGAGGCAAAAAGGGGUAUGGGAGGAUCAGCUGUCUUUGUGGCUCGAAACAGGUUUGCUGUUCUUGAAAAAAGCAGCAACCAAGUGUUAGUCAAGAAUCUUAAAAACGAGAUUGUUAAGAAGAGCAGUCUCCCUAUCGCUGCUGAUGCAAUCUUUUACGCCGGGACAGGGAACUUGCUCUGUCGAGCAGAGGAUAAGGUGGUUAUAUUUGACCUUCAGCAGAGAAUGGUUCUCGGUGAACUUCCGACUCCUUUUGUUAAGUAUGUUGUUUGGUCGAAUGAUAUGGAGAGUGUAGCCUUGCUCAGUAAACAUGCUAUAGUUAUUGCUAGUAAGAGACUUGUGCAUCAGUGCACUCUUCAUGAGACCAUUCGCGUGAAAAGUGGAGCCUGGGACGACAAUGGGGUGUUUAUUUACACAACUCUGAAUCACAUCAAGUACUGCCUCCCGAAUGGAGAUAGUGGAAUUAUAAGGACCCUUGAUGUCCCAAUAUACAUCACAAGAGUUUUGGGAUCCAAGAUAUAUUGCUUGGACCGGGACGGAAAGAACAGGGUGAUUGCUAUUGAUGCAACCGAGUAUGUCUUUAAGCUUUCUUUAAUGAAGAAGAAAUACGACCAUGUUAUGAGCAUGAUAAGGAAUUCUCAACUCUGUGGGCAAGCAAUGAUUGCUUAUUUGCAACAGAAGGGAUUUCCCGAAGUCGCUCUUCAUUUUGUGAAAGAUGAGAGAACCCGCUUCAAUCUAGCUCUAGAAAGUGGAAACAUACAAACCGCGGUUGCUUCAGCUAAGGAAAUCGACGAGAAGGAUCACUGGUAUAGAUUGGGAGUGGAGGCUCUUCGCCAAGGAAAUGCUGGAAUUGUUGAGUAUGCCUACCAGAAAACAAAGAAUUUUGAAAGGUUAUCUUUUCUGUACCUCAUUACUGGAAACAUGGAUAAACUGUCCAAAAUGCUCAAAAUUGCUGAAGUCAAGGGUGAUGUCAUGGGUCAGUUCCAUAACGCUUUGUAUCUUGGUGAUGUUAGAGAACGCGUAAAGAUUUUGGAAAAUACUGGGCAUUUACCACUUGCUUAUGUAACUGCUUCAGUCCACGGCCUAUCUGAUGUUUCUGAGCGGCUAGCAUUGGAGUUGGGAGAUAAUGCUCCUCAAUUGCCAAAGGGGAAAGCACCACCCUCUCUUCUGAUGCCUCCCACCCCUGUCUUGUCUAGCGGAGAUUGGCCUCUCUUGAGAGUAAUGAGAGGGAUAUUCGAAGGUGCGCUUGAUAACAUCGGACGUGGGGCCCCUGAGGAAGACGAAGAGGCUGCAGAUGCUGAUUGGGGUGAAGAAAUUGAAAUGUUAGAUGCGGACGAAUUACAAAAUGGGGAUAUUGGAGUGGUUUUAGAGGAUGGGGAGGUUCCAGAGGGAGAAAAUGAGGAAGAGGGAGGAUGGGAUCUUGAGGAUUUGGAGCUUCCUCCUGAGGCAGAUACUCCAAAGACUUCUGUCAAUACGCGCUCAUCAGUUUUCGUGGCCCCCACUCCUGGAAUGCCCGUAAGCCAGAUCUGGACCCAGAAAUCUUCGCUCGCUGCCGAACAUGCGGCAGCUGGAAAUUUCGAUACGGCAAUGCGGUUGCUUAGCCGACAACUGGGAAUUAAAAACUUUGCUCCUUUGAGACCCAUGUUUCUCGAUCUUCACACCGGAAGCCAUACCUUUCUGCAUGCCUUUUCUAAUGCUUCAGUGUUGUCCCUUGCUAUUGAGAGGGGAUGGAGCGAGUCUUCUAGCCCUAAUGUGAGGGGCCCACCGGCGCUCGUGUUUAGCUUCUCUCAGUUGGAGGAGAAACUCAAGGCAGCUUAUAAAUCGACGACUGCUGGGAAAUUCACGGAGGCUCUUCGACUUUUCCUGAAUAUUCUCCACACCAUUCCAUUUGUUGUAGUGGAAUCGAGACGGGAUGUUGAUGAAGUUAAGGAUUUGGUAGUCAUUGUGAGAGAGUACGUUUUGGGUCUGCAAAUGGAGGUGAAGAGGAAGGAAAUGAAAGAGGAUCCUAUUCGCCAACAGGAGUUAGCUGCAUAUUUCACACACUGCAACCUUCAAACCCCUCACUUAAGGCUAGCUUUGCAGAACGCAAUGUCUGUUUGCUUUAAGGCUAAGAACCUUAAUACAGCUGCUAAUUUCGCCAGGCGGCUGCUGGAGACCAAUCCGACCAAUGAGAACCAAGCGAGGCAGGCCCGCCAAGUGCUGCAGCAGGCUGAGAAGAACAUGAAGGAUGUGGCUCAGCUGAACUACGAUUUCAGAAACCCAUUUGUGAUUUGUGGAGCCACGUAUGUGCCGAUUUACCGUGGACAAAAGGAUGUCUCGUGCCCCUAUUGCGGGUCCCGGUUUGUUCCGAGCCAGGAAGGGCAGCUUUGUGCUGUUUGUGAUCUUGCAGUGAUUGGGGCAGAUGCUUCGGGCCUACUCUCUUCUCCUUCCCAGAUAAGAUGAUCUAGUCAGUGAACCAACAGCAUUUUUGUAAUCAUCAUUCCGGUGGUGGGGAUGUUCUUGUCCAUCGUCAGGCGGUGGGGAUGUUCGUGUUGAACUUUCAUCUCUUUGGCAAAAGGUAAGAAAUAUUGACCCAAGAGUUUUAAGUUUCCGUCGAACUGUUUUUUUGGGCUAUCGUUAGUUUUUUUCUUUCUCCUUCUCUGCUUUAUAAAGUUGAUUAUUAAUUUCCAUGUAAUAAACCAAAUGAGAAUUUUGGCUGGGGCUAUUCUUGUUAGUUGUUCAUAGACAAGAAUGGCCGAGGGUCUUCCGCGAAGUAGACGUUGGUCAUAGCUAAGACAGCUGCUUCUAUUUUGAUAUGAUACGCAAAUGUAGUGCUGCAAAUUUGCUCA